AUGGCCGGGGAGAUUUUCGAAGUCCAAGGCUGCCUGAAGUUUGGCCGUGGAGGGCCCUCCUGCCCGAGCGAGCUGCGCGGGCGAACGGUGUCCAUCGAAUGCUUGGAAGGGAACACCUUCGAGCUUCCUGCUGAAGCUGCUUGCCUGGCGGGUCGUGUUCGAAGCCUCCUGCUGGAGCAUCGCGAGCAUGGCUUGGAGAACACCUUGCGGUUUGAGAUCAAGAGAGACACGAUGACGAAAGUGUGCGAGUACUUGAAGCACCAUCGCGAACACAGCGUCAGCGAGAUCAUCACGCCUUUGCCCAGUGACGACCUUCGGGACUGCGGCGCUUCACGCUGGGAUUGUAGCUUCGUCAACGUGGACCAUGAUUUGUUAUUUGACCUUGGCUUUGCGGCCACCACACUGGGCAUUCCAUCGCUCGAUUUCUUGGUGAAUGCCAAGAUUGCGUGCGCGACGAAUAACAAGAGUGCUGAUAAGCUGCGGAAGGAGUACAAGAUGAUCAACGACCUCCCCGCGGCCGAGGAAGCGGAGCUGCGUCGUGCCUACACCAACCUUCAGAAGACCCAGGGGGAGGAGGUGGAUGUGGACCUGUCACGUUUGGCGGCUGCCAGCGUAGCUCAAAGUGGCAUGGCAGCGGCCAAGCAAAAGAGCCUCCCCAACACCGAGGAGAGCGGGAAAGCUACGUUGAAUCCAAAGAGCUGGCGGAAGAACAUGUGGUCCGCUGCGGUGCUGAAGGAUUGGCAGGUGCUGGCGGAUGCGCCGCCAGAGAUUCAAAGCGACAAGCCCCUGCUGGAGUGCGCGCUGCGCGCCAGCCAGGGCCGUGCCUUGAAACAUGCGGCACCCGAGCUACGGUCCGACGAGGACUUGGUGCUCCUGGCCACGGGCUUCCUGGGCGAGGCCUUUGAGUUCGCCUCCGCCGAGCUGCGCAGCUCGCGCGGCUGCGUGAUGAAGGCCGUCGCCCUGCACGGCGCGGCGCUGAAGCACGCGGAGGCCUUCAGAGGCGACAAGGCCUUCCUGUUGGAAGCCGCGCAGAAGGGCUUCGGCGGCGCCCUGCAAGGUGCCUCGCGCACCUUGCAGGAGGAUCGAGCUUUCGUCCUUGAGAUGAUCAUCCAUGAUCCGGUUUGCUACAAAUUCGCGGCGGAGGAGCUCCGCGUCGACAAGGAGUUUGCCUUGGAGGCUGCGAAGCGCAAUGGUGCCAGCCUAAAGUUCAUGCCAUCCAACUUCCAGGCGGAUUUCGACGUGGUGCAGGUGGCUGUGGCCCGCGACCCGCGCGCCGCGGCCCAUGCACAUCCGGCGCGUCGGACGGAGCUGGGCAUGGCGGCGGAGGAUGCACUGGGAGAGGCGCAGAUGCAGCAGGAGUACAGCGCGCAAGCCGAGGCCGCAAGGAAGCUGGCUGCCGAGGACUCGACGAAUCAGGUGGGCCCCAGACAAUUACAGUCGGGACCCAUCGCCUACACGACCAUGAAGCUGAUGAAGGUGGUGGGCUUUUCCGCUGGAAGCACCAUGAUGGGCAAUCUCGGCCAAGGCAACUACGUUGCAGCGAAUGCCUUCGUGGACCUUUUUCCCUACCGUCUUCGGCCUGAGGUGGACUCUUCCGUGAUCAUGUGGGGCGCGGUGGGCGGCGGCAUCGGCAUGCGCUGGAAGGCCUUCGGCGAGAAAGAUGAGCUCUGGGGUCAGGACGAUGCCAUGCUGAGCGUCGAUGAUGCGACCAAGGCUGUGAGGUAUGCGUGCGCACGCAUGGCAUGUGUGCCCUUGGUGAUGCCAUCCAAGUUCGAUGAGCAAUCGCGGUACUACAUCCUGAUGCCCACAGCAGGGCAAAUUCCGCUGGACAUCCCCUCACAGGAGGCGAAGGCAGCGGAGACCAUCGAUUGGAGCGAGGACUCGAAGCUUCGAGACAAGGAGGCUCUCCAGAGCCUGGCCAUCGUCGACCGCCGUGGCUUUUCUGCGUUUGACAGGAAAUCCAUUUGGGUGAUGAAUCCAGCUCAGGCUCAAUUCUUCCUUUGGGUUCCAGCAGUGCGGUAA